GAUAAAAUGAGUUUGGACAAUUUGUAAUCAAACGCAUGUUAUUUACUUCGAAAUUGAACUAAAGAAUCAUGACUGCCUGUGAGAUGUGGGAGAGGACUCUGAAAUCUCUGAUCGUUUGGAUUAUUUGUACACAGCUAGGAACACACGCUCAGUGCAAUUCAAAAACUUCAAAAUUUAACAUGAACAUGGGAAUAUACGCGCUUCCAUCGUCAUCGUCUGAUGUACAAACACAGUUUCAGGCACAUGGUGUUAGCUCUAUUCCCGAUGCCUGUUCAUUUGUCUUCUCCGACGUGUCCUGGUCAUUCGGAAUACCUUACAAGUUUUCAUCUGUUAUUGACUUGAAUACAACCGAUGGCAACCUCAUCACCAUACAAGAAGUGGAAACUGCAUUCAGUCUUACAAAAAUAUCAGUCUAUAAUUUCAAAGAUGUAGUUAUAUCAGACUAUAAAGAAUGUGAAAACGAAAACGUUUGUGGACAAAACACCAAAUGUGAAGAAAUAGAAGGUUCAUAUCAAUGUUCCUGCAGUGAUGGAAAUUUUAGUGCAACCCAUACUUCUGAGUUAUAUGGCAAUAUCACAUGUGAACAAGAAUGUUCAUCAAAACAAACUGUGUAUGAAUAUGAAGUUGAAAUGAAGUCUAGCAGUUAUGAUGAAUACAAUUCUAGUUUGGAAAGUGAGUUGAGAAAAGCAUUCAGUAGUAUAUGUGUUGUUCAAUUUUGGAAUCAAGUGUUCGACGAAAAACAUGGUGGAAAAUACAAAGCAAAUGGUGUUGUUGGGAUGAACACAACAGAUGGAGCAAUUCUGAGUCGGGAUAGUGUCAAAACUGUUUUUGAAAUGGAUCUUGGAUCAAUAGAGAUUUUAAAGGUGAAACUUGAAGGAUUUGACGAAUGCGAGGAGAACACUCAUGCCUGUGAGGAAUUUACUGUUUGCAAGGACAAUGCAGAGAGUUACACAUGUGUUUGCGUUGAUAAUUAUGUUGUAUCUAAAAGAAAUGAUAACAAAGAAACAAUCGCUUGUGCCCCUGGACUUCCUACUCUAACUGAGGAAACAACUUCAUAUACAACAGUUGAAGCUACUACUAUUGUAUUAUACACUGGAAGUACAACAGCCAGUGUACAGUAUGAAGAAAUUCUUGUGGCUGAUUUAUCGAUGGCUUUAGAAGAAAAAUUUGAAGCUAGUCUGUCUGUGUCAACAACUUCAGAGUUCCAGUCAUUGGAAUCAACAUUAACAUAUGAAGUGGGAAAAUCAUUGCAGAUCGAUAGAAAUUUCAUUGGCAGUACAGUCGAUAGAUUCAGUGAAGGAUCUAUUGUUUGUCACCUGGAGGCUACAUUUGGCACUGUAAAACGCUCUAAUCCUGAUGAUGCUAAGCGAGAUCUUAGAAGAGAAACAGUUUCAUCUUUAGAAGCCUUCAUAUAUCAUUUUGAAAGUGUUGGACUAAUUGGAAGAUAUAAAAUCAUCCCAGGAUCUCUGUUUUAUGUAAUUAGAGAAGACCUUUCCUGCUAUGGUCAACAAUACCCAUGUCUUGAUGUAGAGGGAGUUAGAGUGAUUGGUUGUAUACCUCAAUCAUGGACUUGCGAUAAGCUUGCUGACUGUCCAAAUGCUGAUGAUGAAUUUAAUUGCACAGAUGUUAAAAAUAACAAUAAGCACUCAAAUUCUGGAGUCAUGUCAACCUGUGGAUCUGAAAUAGUGUUGUCAAAAAAUGAAAGUGUAACAAUAAGCCAUUCAACAUGGCCGAAAUACUAUUCUCCAAACAGUGACUGCAUUUGGAACAUCUCUACCAACUCAAGUUACUGGUUAUCACUAUGGUUCCACAGUUUCAGUCUUGAACUCGGUUAUGUUUGCGAACAUGACAGUUUGGAACUUGCAGUUCCAGUGAAUAAGUUGUCUUCAAACUCAUCCGCAAAAUACUGUGGUAUUCUGUCGGGAAUAAGUGCCCCACCUUUUCACUCUAUAAUACCACAAGAUGAAGUAUAUAUGCGAUUCAAAACUGACGGCUUCACAAACUACUGUGGAUUUCUACUGACAGUACGUCCCAGAAUAAAAUAUCUGGGAAGUGGCAACAAAACCUGUAGAGAGUAUCAUUGCCAAAUGUCAUCGAUCAGCAUGUGCAUACCUUAUUCCUGGGUUUGUGAUGGAGAAGAAGAUUGUUUUCUUGGAGAAGAUGAGGAAUCCUGCGAUUAUCAAAACACUUUCGCUCCUUCUUGUCAUAAAGAGAGCAGUGUCAAAGCUCCCACUCAAUGUGUUAUUGAAUCGCAUUGUGAUCGCAGUGAUUCACAAUACAUUUGCUUACCUUGGUCUCAAUGUUAUGAUAAUUAUACCACUUCCAACUGCUUUGGAGACUCUUCGAACACAAGAUCUUUCGAGAGUCACUCAUUGUCUACAUAUGGAUUUGAUUGUGGAAACAAUAUAUCAAUUCCUUUAAGUUGGGAAUGUGAUCGUAUGGUAGAUUGCCCAUCAGGAAAAGAUGAGCUUAAUUGCAGUUCAUUAACAAAGGACCCUUUUGAUGAAAUUAUUGAAUCAGAAAAUAUGGUGAAGAGAUGUGGAGGUCAUUUCAUAGGAGAUAAUCUGACAGUAUUCACUCAUCAGAAUUUCCCAGAAAAAUAUUCUAGUAGUACAUCAUGUAUUUGGACAAUUCAAGCCUCAAUUGGACGGGUUGUCAGAAUAUUUUUCAUCAAAUUUGCUUUGCCAAGUGUAGCUGGGUGCCUUGCAGAUAUGCUGACUGUUUAUGAUGGUCCUGAUGCAUCUCAUCCUCUCAUUGGUUGGCACUGUCGAACUCCAUCACAUAUCCCUCUGUAUAUAACAUCCACUAAUAACACUAUGACAAUAAUUUUCAAAUCUGAUUGUGACAACAAUGGGCAACUUGUUUUGGCAUACAAGGGUAUCCCUCCUCCUCAUAUGCAUGAAUUGAUGAAGUCAUUUCAGGAAGAUUGCUACAUAACGGGUUUCUCAUACAGAGGAAAUGCCUCAACAACAGGGUCUGGUUUGGAAUGUCAGCAAUGGCAAAAACAAAGUCCAUGGCAACAUGAUCAACUUCCCGAGAAGCUUCCGAAUGCAGGAUUGGAUGAAAAUUAUUGCAGAUACCCUCUGGAAGAUUGGAGAAAACCAUUUCAAGCACCUAGAUGUUUCACGCUUAAUGAUUCGGUUCCCUUUGAAAGUUGCGAUCAGAUACCAAGAUGCAAGUUUCCAAAAUGUCCAUAUGAUGACAUGUAUCAGUGUGUUACUGGAGACUGUAUUCCAGUUACAAGACGAUGUGACGAUAUUCCUGAUUGUCCAUUGAUGGAUGAUGAAAAUGAUUGCCAAUAUCGUUGGAAAGAUUUUCAACAGAUCAAACAUCUUCCACAAGCAUGUGCGCGAGGUGUUAUGCCAUCAUCUCAAGCGAACAUAACUUCGCAAAAUGGAUAUUUUGGAUUACCUGAUGCAUUCGAUAUAGAAUAUGAAAACACAACCAUAUUCUGUGAAUGGAAUAUUGAACUCAGCUCUGCGUACUUGUUGUUGCUGUUUGACGCAUACAAUCUAACAAAUCCAAAUGAUUAUCUACAAAUCUGGGAACAUAAUAAAGUUAUUCUUGAUUCAAGAAUUACAUCUCUUCCAUCGAGUUCCUUUGAUAUGAUGGUUCACUCCAACAGUUUGAGAGUAAUCUUGAGGGCUACAGUAUCAAAAGCGAGCCCUCCUAUAUUUCAUAUGAACUAUAAAGAAGAAAUAUGUGUAUAUCGAGUCAUAUUACCAAGUUCUUGCAAGCAUUCAAACAUAACAGAAGGUGAAAUUACAUCACCAGGAUAUCCAUAUUCUGAUUACAAUCCAGGGACAACUUGUUUCUGGAUUUUUACUCAAGAAAAAGAUGAAACUUGUCAGUCACCAGAAAAUAUGUUUCGAAUUGAGUUUGAAGUAAUUGAAAUAAAAAUUGAAAGUGUUCCUUCAAAAUCAUCAAUAGUUACUACACAUGAAUGCAUCGAUAAAUUGGUGUUUUAUAAUGGUAUUGGUCCCAACAAACAACCAAUUAGAAGUCCUGUUUGUGGCACCAGGCCUCCCUCAUUUAAAAUAUUGAGCUCGGGACCUGAUGUAAUAGUUAAAUUUAUCAGUGAUAGAAAAAAUCCACUGGCUAUAUACGAUUAUAGUGAAGGCUAUGCUGAUGUAAGAAGAAAACCAAAUUCUUGUUGUUCCUAUGACUGCGAACUCAACUAUGCCUGUGUGGACUGUCCGGAGGACACAGGUUACUUUUCAGUUUUAUACAGAUUUGUUCAGUUGGAUAGUACAGAAUCUACAACCUCUAGUGAUUCAGAUACCAGUGCCCCCAAACCAUUUUGUGUGGAUAGCUGGACCGAGUGGUUCAACGUUGCUAAACCGUCAGGUAUCACUAUCGCCGGUGUCACACUCUCCGGUGGAGAUUUUGAAAGUAUUUAUAAAAUUAGGCAAAAAUAUGACGAAGAAUGGGGAGGUAACGGCAAGCUGUGUUCUGAGUCAAAAACUGUAGCAAUAGAAUGCCGCACUUCAAAUGGGAUUCCAUGGCAACAGACAGGACAAAUUGGACUUGAAUGUGACUUGUUUGAUGGUUUUAUGUGCUAUAAUCGACCUCAGCCUGGCAAAUGCUUUGACUAUGAAGUAAGAUUCUAUUGCAUAUGUAACGAAAGUUCGUCUUUUAACAUGGAAGAAAUAAUACCAUUCACAGCAGCGUAUAACACUUUUACACAACAAAAUGAUGUUGCUACUGACAUGGAAAGCAGUGGAUCAGGAGAUAUCAUCAUCAAUACUAUUCAUAGCAAUGUAUCUACUAAACUUGAACUGACUACAUCAUUCUCGAAUGGCACUCAAAGAACAAGCACAAUGGCUAAUGACAAUGAGUAUAUGAUUACAGAGUUCACCAAAUUAAAAUAUCACACUGAAGCUUCCACAAAGUCAGAGUCAAAAAACCAUGAGGAAAUAAUUACAGAGUUCCCCAGUUCAAAAUAUCACACUGAAGCUUCCACAAAAUCAGAGUUAAAAAACCAUGAGGAAAUGAUUACAGAGUUCCCCAGUUCAAAAUAUCAUACUGAAGCUUCCACAAAAUCAGAGUCAAAAAACCACGAAGAAGCGAUUACAGAGUUCCCCAGUUCAAAAUAUCACUCUGAAGCUUCCACAAAAUCAGAGACAAAAAACCACGAGGAAAUGAUUACAGAGUUCCCCAGUUCAAAAUAUCACUCUGAAGCUUCCACAAAAUCAGAGUCAAAAAACCACGAAGAAAUGAUUACAGAGUUUCCCAGUUCAGAAUAUCACACUGAAGCUUCCACAAAAUCAGAGUCAAAAACACAGUUGAGAUCGAAGCAUUCAAUUUCAGGUGACGAAGGAGAACAAACAUCGGUGAGGUUAGUGUGUAAUCCUGGUUGGACUUCAUGGCUACAGAUACAAAGCAGUACAGACAUCAACUUUUCUACUUUCGCAGAGCAGAUUUCUUUAUUGAAAGAUUUGACAGCACUUCUACAGUCGCAAGACAUUUGUCAAAACCCUAUAGCUGUGUCAUGUAGGAGAACGUCUGACAAAAAGUCCAUUUUCGAAAUACACAAAGAAAUAAAACAAGGAGGCAGUUCUCACAACUUCGAUCCUGAGUAUAUUUGCGAUCCACAAUUGGGGGUGAAAUGUAACCAAGUUGUCCCAUGUCAUCCGUGUGAUUCCAUGGAAUUCAAACUAUACUGUGGAUGUCCGGGAGACUCUAAUACAACUGUCAAUGUGACACCGUAUAUUCCCCCAUCACAACCGCCAGAGAAAAUUGACCCCUUAUUGUGCUACCACUGCAAGGAUACAAAAACAGGGAAAUGCUCUGAUGCUUUGACUAUGGAUAUGUCUGUUGGGAAUUGCACCAAUGGUGCCUGUUGGUCGGCAGUGUACUAUGAUCAUAAUGGUAUCACAGAAGUAUGGCGUGGUUGUGAUAGCAGUAGGUGCUCAACAGCAUACCAAGAGGAAAAGUGUUUUUACACUGGGUCAGGAAGAACAAAAGCUGUAUGCACAACUUGUUGUGAAAAUGAACUCUGCAACAUGCACUCAUUUGAAAAUACAUUAAACUUGAUUGAAAAUGGUGCCUUCCAUUUCAACCAAUCACCAUUAAAUUUUGUCGCUCAUUUAUUGACUUAUUACUUGUUUCUGAUAUAAUUGGAUACUUUAAACUUGUCCGACUCACCUCAGAAAAAAAACACUCAAUUGGUGAAACUGAUAGUAUGCAAAUAAACUACAUGCAUUCCAUACUUGAACCAGUCAAAGCACGUUACGUUGGUUUCAUAUAUACUUGAAAAAAUUUGAAAGGUAGGUCGUGAAGCGAUAUCUUAUUUGACCUGGUGUCUGUGGAAUCUAUCCUAGAUACCUGAUGAUUUUUCCCUUUUUCAAGAUACGAAAAUCACUACUUUGAAUCAAAACUUCUGUACUUGUAUAUAUAUAUAUAUGAUAUAUGUGUGUGUAUACCUUUCAGCUCGUUUCAAUGAUUUAAUAC